AUGAGUAUGCAGAGGCUUCUGGACUUACUGCCCCAGUGGCUGGACCGUUGGAAAGUCGCGGUCAACGUGGGUAAGACUGCGGCGCUCCUCCACGGUCCGGUCCGUAUCAGAGUCGUCCCCAAGAAGCUCAAUCUCCGAGGUGUGAAUAUCGAGUUUAAGCCGAAGUUCCGGUAUCUCGGGUGCGACAUCGACCGCUCGCUGAGCAUGGCAGCGCACGCCAGCCAAAUCAUCGGUUCGGCGAGCGCGGCCAGGUUUAUGCUGCGGCCGCGAUUUAGGUUACAGGCCCAGCAGAAUCUUUCCCUUCGUAAUAUCGUCGGGGCCGGGCGGUACGUCAGAAAUGACGUUUUCGCCCGGGACCUAGAUGUGGAGUCGCUCAUGGAGUUUGUGAUUAGGCUCUCACGUAACAUGUACGAGCGAGCUGAAAACAGCCCCCAUGAGCACCUCCACAACAUAGGCCCGCUGCACGCCAGACCACCUGAUGGUAAGGCCCUGCCGCGGGAGAUAUUAGUACCCCCGACGAUCGUUCGGAGUUAA